UUGCCUCAUCUAAGUACUUGAAAACCCAGAUCCUUUCACUUUGAUCGUCGGUUAAUCCAACGAUGCCCGUUUUCAAAACCCCGUUCAACGGCUACUCCGUUCGGUUCUCCCCCUUUUACGAGUCCCGUUUAGCCGUAGCUACCGCUCAAAACUUCGGCAUAUUAGGUAACGGCCGUGUCCACGUCAUCGACCUCGCCCCGACCGGCCCCGUCAUCAACGAGCUCAUUGCCUUCGACACGGCUGAUGGUGUCUACGACGUCGCCUGGUCCGAAUCCCACGAUUCUGUCCUCGUUGCCGCAAUAGCCGAUGGAUCUAUCAAGGUCUACGACACCGCUCUCCCUCCUCAGUCCAACCCCGUCCGCUCCCUGAAAGAACACGCCCGUGAAGUCCACGGUCUCGAUUACAACCCGACGCGCCGCGACUCGUUCCUCUCCGCUUCUUGGGACGAUUCUGUCAAACUAUGGACCCUCGAUCGGCCCGUUUCCCUACGUACUUUCCGUGAACACGCGUAUUGCGUGUAUUCCGUCGCAUGGAACCCCAAACAUGCCGACGUUUUUGCCUCUGCUUCCGGUGACUGUACAGUAAGAAUCUGGGACGUUAGGGAACCUGGUUCGACGAUGGUAAUCCCUGGUCACGAACACGAAAUAUUGUCAUGUGAUUGGAAUAAAUACGAUGAAUGUUUAAUUGCCACUGCUAGUGUAGAUAAGAGUAUUAAAAUUUGGGAUGUUAGGAACUACAGGGUGCCGGUCUCUGUCCUUAAUGGUCAUGGUUAUGCUGUUAAGAAAGUUAAGUUUUCGCCCCAUAGGAGGAAUUUGCUCGUGUCUUGUUCGUAUGAUAUGACGGUCUGUUUGUGGGAUUUUAUGGUGGAAGAUGCACUUGUCGGAAGGCAUGAUCACCAUACCGAAUUUGCGGUCGGGGUCGAUCUCAGUGUUCUCGUGGAUGGGCUUAUGGCUAGUACUGGCUGGGACGAGCUUGUUUACGUUUGGCAGCAGGGGAUGGACCCGAGAGCAUCUUAAAAGUGUAUUCUUCACACCUUUUUUCUUCGUUUCUGUUUGCUUUUGUGUAAUUCAUUUUUAUAUAUUGAAUACUCGAAUGGUUUCGACAUUUGAAUAGGUAAAAAGUGAUGAAUGAGUAAAUGAUAUACUUUGGAAGGGGAUUGGGUGAUGGGGACAUGAUGCUGUUGUAUUUAAUUGUAAUUUGGUUUGGCUAUGGCAUGGCUUUGCACAAUUGCAUCAUGUUCUCGAUGAGUAAGUAAUGUUAAUUGUAUUGGAUUUCGGAUAGGAUUCCUCUGUAUAUCAGUUCUAAUAAAGCAAAGGCGUUUUUAUUUUCUU